AUGGGCCUGCUCUCUUGUAUUUUGGACCUUUUCCAUGGCCGUCUCGGUCUUCGUCCGCGCUCACUCGAAGAUCGACUCCAAGAUUCAGACCAGAAUCAACCCUCUGCUCCGAUGAUUGACCCAAUCUUUGAACACUCGAGGGAUCGACUCCAACUCAUCAUUGGUAGAUUGCACAAGGAUGAGUACCGAAAUCAGAAGGAGUUGCCAGGGCUGGCUGAUCUUCUGGCUGACAUAGUAGACAGCAACGUCGAUGUGGACCGUGAGGAGUCUGUCCGUCGACUGUUAGGCGUGUUUUGGAGGUCCAAGACCGAUGCCACCUACAGUGCCACGCUUCGACGGUACGGGAGCGAAGAGCAAAAUCUCAUACGGUCAUUUGUCGAACAUGGGAAAAAUGCGAGAGAUCUGGCCAAGAACUUCUCCACGGGCUUGUCGCUUGGGGCGCGAGAAGAAUUGCCCAUUGUCGAUUGGAACGGAGAUGGCGUUGCGGAUGCUGACACUGUCAUUGGGACGGCUGUUGAGAACCUUCAGGCGCGGAUUCGUGCCAUCAAACGAGUAGGAAGUGUGCUCGAAGACGUUACCAUCUAUGACGACCCAAGCAAAGAGAACAGGGUCAUCACCUACUUGGAUGAGAAAUUCCAGAACUGGGGCCGUACCGUUACCCUCACACCUCAUCUCACAUUUAUCCCGCAGACCUCCUACGGUGUCCAGCAGAUAGUAAAGUACGCAAAGGCGAAGAACAUGAAUGUCCGAGCGGCUGGAUACCGUCAUACAUGGAGUUCGAUGUAUGGUAAGAAUGGUAUGAUUACCAUAUCGACUUUGGGUCUCCACAAGGCCACUCUCCUCCCAAAUGUCGAAUCCUUACCGGGGUCACAAUUGUUCCAACCCCACACAGAGCUCAACAACAUUGAGUUCGUCGGAGAGCCGCAAAAAGGGACGAAACGGCUAGUUCGAGUUGGGACUGCCGUCACGAACCAGAUGUUCCGACGUUGGUGCAAUCAGCAGGAGCUUCACAAGGCAUCGACUCUUCCCCUGAAUGUGAUCAUGGUAGAAAUCACCAUGGGAGGAUCAAACGCGCCUAUUUGCCAUGGCGCCGGCCGCCGGCAUCCUUCGCUAAGUGACUUGGUCCAUGGCAUCGAAUACGUAGACGAAGGAGGAAACUUGCGGACCAUCAAUAAGGACGAGAGUCCCGAGUUCAUGUCUCUCGCCGCUGGUUGCUUCGGCUUGUUGGGAAUUGUCACCCACCUUACCCUCGAGCUUGACCCCAUGUCAUAUGCCGUUAUGAUCCCUCAAAAGCUCCCAGUUAUGCAAGCUAUCCCACCACCACCGGGUUUGGCCGAUAAAGACAUCCCAGAGGCCCUCCGCAUCAAGAUGACACCACAAAUGCGUCAAAAGGCUCAGGAGGAGUUUGAAAAACACGCGAGAAAUGAUUUCUACGCCGAGUGGUUUUGGUUCCCCUACACCAGCAAGGUCUGGGUAAAUUGCUGGAACACCGACCAGGAUGGAACAGGCGCCGAGGAGUUUCCUUCGAAUACCAACGUCUUCAUCCAAUGGGUGGAGACAGUGGCACUUCAAAUUAUCCAAGAUUCUGAGGCAAUGUUUGACUUACAGCAGAUUUUCCCAUGGACACAGGCCACCCUGAUCUCGAAAUUGGGCUUGUACGCUAUGCCUGAGGUGGUGGACAACAAUAACGCGAUCAAGACCCAGCUACCGAAUGCCCUACAUUUCCGGCGAGCAAUUCAAAAUCUCCGAGUUCGAGACAUGGAGAUGGAAAUUCCCCUGCAACCCAAGAAAGGGGCAUUAGAAGAUGCAGAUGUCGACGAGGCUGAGAUUAACUGGACUUUGGUCCAGAAAGCUUGGUGGGAUGGCAUACUCGCCGCGUAUAAGUACAAGGAUCAGUGCCCGCAACGCAUGCCACUCGAAAUGCGCAUCACAGGACCGUCGAAUGUCACCAUGGCCCCCUUUCGUGGCCACCGGUUAGGCACCUGCUCGAUUGAGAUUCUGACGCUGGAGAACAUGAAGGAAAUAUGGCUCCCGUACGCUCAGUACGUCCUCGACCGUUGGAUGGAUCUCAAGGACAAUCAGGGCAAUUACCUUGCAACACGACCACACUGGGCCAAAGAAUGGGAGAGCUUCACCGUUCGCGGUCGACCCAUGAUCGAGUAUAUGCAGACCACGUACCGUCAAGCCAUAGGGGAGUUUCGCGACACCUAUUCACAGAUCGCGGCGGAGCAGAACUGGAAGAUAGAUGAUGCACGAGAAAGAUUCAGCAAUGUGCUAUUGGAUCAACUCCUGUUCAAUUGA